AUGCCUGGGAAACUGUGUGGCACCAACUACCCGACCAGCAUCUGCUUCAUUGUGGUGAAUGAGUUUUGCGAGCGCUUCUCCUACUAUGGCAUGAAAGCGGUGCUGACGCUGUACUUCCUGUCGUACUUGCACUGGGACAAUGACCUGUCGACUGCCGUGUACCACGCCUUCAGCGGCCUCUGCUACUUCACCCCCAUCCUGGGAGCUAUCAUCGCAGACUCAUGGCUGGGCAAGUUCAAAACUAUUAUCUAUCUGUCCAUUGUUUACGUCAUCGGCCAUGUGGUGAAGUCGGUCGGAGCCAUUCCCACAGUGGGAGACACCAACAUGCACAUAGCUUUGUCGAUGAUUGGACUCAUCCUGAUCGCCUUUGGCACCGGAGGAAUCAAACCAUGUGUGGCUGCAUUUGGAGGAGACCAGUUCGACGAGGAGCAUGUCAGCGAGAGGCAGAAGUUCUUCUCAGUUUUCUACAUGUCGAUAAACGCCGGGAGUCUGCUCUCCACCAUCAUCACCCCCAUACUCCGAAGUGAUGUGCAGUGUUUUGGAGCAGACUGUUAUGCUCUGGCCUUCGGGGUUCCAGCUGCUCUCAUGGUCGUGGCUCUAGUUGUGUUCAUCGGGGGCAGUGGGAUGUACAAGAAAACUCCACCCCAGGGAAACGUGCUUCUGGAAGUCUGCAACUGCAUCGGGUUUGCCAUUAAAAACCGCUGGAGGAACUCAAAAUAUGAUCCCAAGAGGAGGCACUGGUUGGACUGGGCUGAAGAGAAGUACUCUAAGCGUCUGAUCCAGGAGAUUAAGAUGGUCCUGCGAGUCCUGGUGCUGUACAUUCCUCUGCCCAUGUUCUGGGCUCUGUUCGACCAACAGGGCUCUCGCUGGACUCUCCAGGCCACCAGGAUGAACUUGGCGUUUGGCAGCGCCUUCAGCAUCGAGCCAGAUCAGAUGCAGAUGCUGAACGCUCUGAUGAUCCUGCUCUUCAUCCCCAUCUUUGACCUCAUCAUUUACCCUCUGGUCGGCUGCUGUAAAAUCAACGUCACACCUCUGAGGAAGAUGGCGGUGGGAAUGAUCUUUGCCGCGUUGGCGUUUGGAGCCGCAACGCUGGUGGAAAUCAACGUGGUGAAAACUGUGGUGACGCCGGCUCCGUCUGAGCGCGCUCUGCUUCAGGUGCUGAACGUAGCAGAACGUGACAUCACAGUCAGACUCCACAACAAGCCGCUGGUCCCUGGGCCCAUCCGCCCCCUGCAGGACCCGGACAUGUACCUCAGUCUGCCGCUGCACGACUCCAUGAAAGAACUGACUUUUCAAAUCAACUCGGGCGAAACCGACAACUUUGACUGUGUCCAAACACUAAACGAGACCACGGCCAACAGUCUCGUUGUGUUCUCUGAGGGGGCGGGGCUUGGCUGCACACUGGUUCAAGAUUAUAUACAGAAAAGUGGAGACGGAAAACCUCGUCUACGGUUCCUGAACACGCUGACAUACGGUGUGAAGGUGGCGGUGGAUAAAGUUGAGUUUGAGAUGGCGCCGGGCAUCACCAUGUCUCAGAACGAGACCGUGGACCGACAUGAAUAUUCCUCGGUUCAGAUCUGUCCUGUGACGUCCGGUACUUGCUCCAGUCUGGACCUGGGUCUGCUGGACUUUGGAGCCUCCUACACAUACGUCAUUUAUGAGGAGGGCGGGGCACCGGUGGUCAGCAGGAUGGAGGAUGUCGAGGCCAACAACGUCCAUGUGGCCUGGCAGAUCCCUCAGUACGUCCUGAUGACCGCAGGAGAGGUCAUGUUCUCCAUCACCGGACUGGAAUUCUCCUACUCACAGUCUCCCACCACAAUGAAGUCGGUGCUGCAGGCCGGCUGGCUCCUCACCGUGGCCUUCGGGAACGUCAUCGUGCUCAUCGUGGCCGAGGGAGCAGGGCUGGAGCAGUGGAAAGAGUUCCUGCUGUUUGCUGGUCUGCUUCUCUCCGUGUGUGUGAUCUUCUCCAUCAUGGCCGCCUUCUACACCUACGUGGAUCCAGAAGACCUCAGCAGCGCGUACCUGGAGGACCCUAAACUCUGCGACACCGAGGAGGAGAAGAAGAAGCGACCGUCGGACAAUUUACAGAUGGACAGAAAAGGAAAGAGCACCAAGCUGUGA